AUGGAAGACUACAAACUGAAUAACAACAGUGUGUGCAUCACGGAGGGUUGUGUGCGAGCGGCCGCUCUUGUGAUCGAAAAUAUGAACCCAGACGCCGACCCGUGCGAGGAUUUCCACGAGUUUGCCUGCGGAAGGUUCAAUAAAAGGAAUCAAGAGGACAUCUUCCGGAAAAUGCGCGCUUCCAUGAAGAAUCGACCGGAAGCCAUUCUCGAAGAGUGGAACGCGUACGACGUCGAGCUGAAGCGGUUCGAGCCCGUCCACACGAUGUACGACGGCUGCAAGCGGUUCAAGGCGAUGACGGACACUACAGAGUUAUUCCGCAAUUAUGCGCGCGACAACUUUGGCUGGGUGCCGAUGCUGAAUAUGGGCAAAGAAAUGAAGUCCCCCGGUUUCACCUCCAUCAUGACGGCCUUCACCACCCAAAUAUACAUGCCGCUUUUUGACCGGAUUUAUGCGGGAUCCACCUCAAUUCACCUCAAUUUUCCCGGUUACCUAAAGUUGGGCGCCGACAUGCAAAGACUGGAAAGAGUGGCAUUUCUUGCUCCGAUUGACGUCCGGAAAUUGAUGGCGCUCCGGCUUCGCGAUAAGGAGUUGAAAGAGUUGAAUGAUGAUACGAAGGUUACGAUCACAGCCGACUCAGAGGAGAAACUCAGAGGGACGAUCUCUCUGCUUGCUGGCUUGAAGGAGGAGACGCUUCGAAAUUUUUUCUUCCUUGAGUGGUUUCAGCAAAUCCAGGAUGCCGUGGAGCUGAUCACGACGCAAGAGGAGUCGUGUGUCCGAUGGGUUACCGCCUCCUACCGUCACCUCCUAACCCAUUUCUUUGCCACCCGUCGUCGAAAUCCAUCCAAUGACGCGUCAGCUUUGGAAUUGGCCCAAAAAGUACGCGGCGGCUUCCACAUGCUACUCAACAACCACGCGCAGCUAGGCGCGAAGGACCGAGAGGAAAUGGAAGUCAAGCUCGAUUCGGUGAAUCUGAAGAUUGGCGGUGAUGCCGAGCUGCUGAACGCCACGUUUAUGCAGCAAUUCUAUGAUUGGGGGGGCUACACGUCCAACAAGUCGUUCAUUGACCAGGUCUUCAAGAAUCAGAUUGAUUUGCCGUUGAAGGAGUCCCCUCUGAUGUUGGAUCCGACGAGUGAGACGGCAGAAUACAGACCGGAGGCUCAUAUUAUUGAACUCGGCUCCUUCUUCUUCACGUCCCCCUUCUUCGAGCACGACUGGCCGAUGGAGGCGAAAUUCGCUGGGCUUGGCGACGUCAUCGCGCGCGAGUACGCGCAUUCUAUCGAUGGAUCCAAAGGAGGAAUCCUUGACGAUCGCACCAAACUGCGUAUUCGCCAAGGUUGCAUUACCGACCGAUUUGGCCAAAAAGCGUUCCUCGACGAGAAAAUGAUGAUGACCAACGAGAAGGUACUCAACGAGACCUACAUGGAUGACUGGGUAGAGCGGCAGGUUUGGGAACCACCUCGUUGGCCGGGGCUUCAAGAAUACGCCCCCCACCAGCGCUUCUUUCUUGCGCAGGCUCAGAAAUACUGUGGCCGGCGGCUGGAAAUGGCCUGGGGAGAAAAGCCUGGCCCAUUCCGAGUCAACAUUAUGUACGCCAACAUCCCUCAAUUCGUCCAAACCUUCAGCUGCUCGAAAGAGUCGAAGAUGAACCUGGUCAACAGAUGC